UCGGGGUACAACGUUGCCUCCUAAUCCAGAACCAAGCUCCGUUAUCCCAAUCCUGCCGGGGCACGGCCUUCGGUGUUCUGGAGGCCAGAUCCGAGCGCCACCGGUCGGAAGUAGACCACAACCCACGAGACACCUGGAUCUGACCCUCGCCUCGUGGACUAACGUACCAUCUCCGGACCGAGCCUAGUUCACGCCGUAUUCGCCACUGGUCAUCUCGCAUAACCCUAAGAUUCAACCCUGAAUGAAGGCUCGGUUCAUGCAGCAUCCGUCCCCAGAGAAAAGAAAAACGCGCGUUACCCAACAAUCUCGCUCUCUCUUUCGUCGAUUCCUCCGCUCUCCAAGGUCGUUUUCACGAAGAAGUAAAGCAACAAACGGAAAACCCCGCCACAUGCCAGACCAGACCGGACAUGCACAUGGUCUCAAACGGUGGACUGGUCAAGUGUGCGGACUGACUAAAUUCCGGGAGGAAAAGGGCGUCCAAAAUAACGAACGAAAGCAUACGGGCGGCAGGAUUUCGAAAACCCUAUAGAUAGUGCCGUUCCGGUUGACAGUUAACUCAGUCUAACAACGACGUCGGUCCUGAACGGAUCUUCCUCUCCGGCUGCUAUCACGACGAAGAGCAUUCGUGCGUACGUCCGUAUCUGUAGAGGUUCCGGUUUCGGUUUUCGCGCGAUUGAUUCGGUGUUUCCGGCGCGUCUCUGGCCGUUGGCUGAGCCAUCGCCAUCGCCAUCAGGCAUCAAAAGGAUUUGUGGCUCGCUUUUGCUUUCAUCGGGGAAGCAUCGUUCGAGCAUCCUCCAACAACAACAAAAAGUGGUGAUAUACGUAAGAUAAAAAAAAAGGUGAAUCUGUGGGCGGGUGUUGAAGUGUAAAUUUGGCGGUUGUUUGAUUUUGGAAGGAUCAAAAGCAAUCACUUACUGCUGCUCCUACUACUGCUACCACCAGUCAAGUGGCAAGAGUGUAAACCAGUCAGUGGUUUACUUAAAAAAAUCUCUAGACUACAUUCAGGCGUUAAGCCUGGGCAAGGGCUAGUGUCAAAGAACUAAGAUUCGGAUCUCUCCCAUUUGUGGAUAUAAGGAUUACCAACCACCACAAAGUCAGUUGCUGGAACGAGUACUCCGUCCAGAAGGGUAUUAAGCGAACGCUUUUCCGCGCGCCCGGCCAACGGAAAAGUUGUCAUCCCUCAAAGCCGAGCUGGUUGUGGUUGUCCCCGGAAAACGGAAAAAGCCUCCCAAGAGUCACGUGUCACGUGCAUGGCAUACUACGCACCGGCUACGACAACAGAAAACAUCAACAACAAUCUGGACCGGUUGCUGAGCUAAGCAAAGGCACUCCCGGGCUCCGGAUAAUUCCGCAAGAAUAAUAACUCUCGCAACUUAAGAGAUUGAUUUAAGUGGACAGCUUAGCGUGUAGAAGCAAGCAAGAUGUACAGCCGAUUCGUGACCACUUUCUGGGUGCUGAGUGCCAUCAUUGCCAACAUCAAUGCCAACUUCGAAACGAAAGAUGACAGCGCGGCCGCUCUACAGCUUCCAGAGCAUCAGAAGCUUCCAGCCCUGAAGAUGACGGCAUCGCUCCAGACUGUCGGUUCCCUUGGAGAUACCGUACGCGAUUCGGAUGCGGACCACAAAAACCAGCAGCAAUACCAGGAUCCCCGACUGGUGGACUUCAACCGGAGUGCUCUUUGGAGCAAAUACAUCGCCCUGUCCGGGUACAGUGGGCCACCAAUCGAGGAAGCCUACCAGGAGCGGAUCAACCCCUUCUGGUUGCAGUUUGCCCCACCCUCCCCGGGAGCCCACUACAUGCUCGGGCUCGUCUACUUCCUGAUGAUGGUGUUUGGGCUGUGCGGCAAUCUGCUCGUCAUUCUGAUGUUUUUCAGAUUUAAGUCGCUGCGGACUCCAGCUAACUAUUUGGUGAUUAAUCUGGCAGCGGCAGACUUCCUGAUUAUGUUGGAAGCCCCGCUCUUCGUGUACAACAGCUAUCACCAGGGACCAGCCACGGGAAAUACUUGGUGUACAAUUUAUGCGUUGCUUGGCGCCGUCGGUGGAACUGUGGCAAUCGUGACGCUCACAAUGAUUUCGAUCGAUCGGUACAAUGUGGUUGUUUAUCCGUUGAAUCCGAACCGAUCGACUACUCGAGCCAAGGUAAUGCUGAUGAUCGUCUUCGCCUGGAUCUACGGACUGUUCUUCUCGCUGAUGCCGGCGCUGGAAAUUGGCUGGAGCCGAUAUACUCCGGAAGGAUUCCUGACGGCCUGCAGCUUCGAUUAUCUGGAUCGGGGACGGGACGCUCAGAUCUUCAUGUUUAUGUACUUUGUUUUUGCGUGGGUCGUUCCGUUCCUGGCUAUCAGCUAUUGCUACGUGGCCAUUUUGCGAGUUGUUAUAGGAGCAGGAAGCAUUCAAUCGAGUAAGAACAAGAGCAAACAGGAACUGAAGCUGGCGGCCGUUGUCAUUGGCAUCAUUGGGUUGUGGUUCAUUGCGUGGACUCCUUAUGCUGUAGUGGCAAUGAUGGGUGUAUUUGGCUAUGAAAGUCUGUUGACCCCGUUGGGUUCUAUGAUCCCGGCUAUCCUGGCCAAGACGGCAGCCUGCAUCGAUCCUUAUUUCUACGCAAUGAACCAUCCACGCUACCGCCAGGAGCUGAAGCGUAUGUUCGGAAUGCCAGCUCAGACAGAACACUCGCAAAAUCAGGCCUCCCGAUACACUCGCGGAAACUCGCGGAUAGAUUCCGAAGCCGGCAAUACGGAACGAGUCGCGGUCGGAAACAAACCAGCGGCCGACGAAACCUCGCUCUCGAUGUCGAUUGAUCUUACCGAAAGCAAAACGGGCGGCCACUAGGGUCGUCGCCUGGGCCCCUGACGGUCUUCGAGCUGCCGCGGAUGCGAUCGUAGUCGCACUCGGCGGCAGCAGCAGCACUGUCGCUACUAUUACCAUAGGACUUCCGGGGACUUCAUGAACAACAGCAUCGAACAGCAGGGGGAGCAGGAAACGUUUAACUUUUAAAGAAAAACCAAAACGCAUUCCACCAAUCAAUAGUUCGAUUUUGGUGGAAGCAGCAUUCCAUGUGAAAAAGUGCCUUCUUGUGAUAAUAUUUUUAAAGACGAUUAACAUAUUACCAGAUUUCAAGAAAAUCCACAACUCAUUGGAUGAGUAAAUCCAAAGAAAAAAAAACGGCGAAAUAUCAUCAGAUGGUUAAUAUUUACGAAUAAAUUAAAAAGUAAGGAACAGCGCCAAACAAAAACAGAAAAAACGAAUUAUCGGAACAAAGUAGCCAUGUGAUGCAAUGAGGCAACCCGCAUUCCCCGAAACCUGCUACCCCCUUAGUUUUUCGAAUGUCCCCAGUCCCCAAUCCCCUUUCAGAGAGCCUACUACUUUUAUUUUCAAUCUUGGAACUCAUUGCUAGGUCUUUUUUGUAAGACCCAAUCUGUAAGGCCCAUUGUUGUUGUUUUUUUUUAUUUUGAGCCGCUGUUUUUUCCGACAUGGCUGUUUGGCUCAAACUUUUCAACCGAAAUGACCUUCGAGGGAGAUGAGAGGAGAAAACAAAAAAACUAGUCCGGGAAAAAAUAGUCCCGCUAAUUAUCGCUUUUCGGCGGCUGUUGUUGUGUUCUGAUUUCUGAAUUCAGACCGAUGACGAGCGACGGCCUGAAAAUGGAAUUCAGACGAGACUGAAAAAAGUCAACUCAAAAUGGUUUAACCAAAACAGUGUACUUGUUUUCUUAUCCAGGGAUCUGGCAACAAUUUGAUAAAAAAAACGAUUAGAUCCUUUUGGACCUUCCUGAAAUACAUCUUCCUACAUGCGGGUGAAGAAAUUUAAAUUCAACUGAAUCCAGUGUUUUUUUUUA